AUGGACACGUCUAGCCAGCAUGACUCCACGGGAUCACGUGACCAGCUUCCCAAGCAUAUCAUGGUCCAUGCUACGAGCUCAAAUUUCCCCCAAUACCGUCUCAAGAGAUGUGUAAGACCAAUUACAGCGGCGGGUUCCUUUCAGGGCAAAAGGCAUACCAGGUUGUCAGUGCCUUACAGCAUUUACUCGGUCACCUCUUACUGGAUAACAAGAACACUUGGUCGUGGUAGACAGCUUCAUCCAGGUAAUGGAGUCUAUUACCCAAUUUCGCCUCGCAGAUGUAGAGUGCAAAAUCUUUUGGGGAUUUUCACCCUCUUCCUUUCUCUCCCAUACACACACUUCAAUCCAAACCAACAUCACUACCACUGCCAUACACACACUUCAAUCCAAACCAAAAUCGUCUCAAGACAACAGCAUAACUUGCAAUCAAAGACUACCACUGCCAUCAACAGCAGCAAAAAGUCAACCAUUUCAGACAAGCAAGAACUUCCAAAACUCACAAAGCUCCGCCAGCAAGUCAACGGCGUGCUGGCCACCAGCUGCGGAGAUCGGCAAAAAGAAAGCCUUAGCACGGUAUUGAAGCUUCAUACCCAAAUCUUGUCAAGGCUCAGGGCGCUGCUGAUAUCUCCAUUCAUCAGCAAUCAGAAGCCAGAAGUAAAUUCAAGUUUCACGCGAACACGCGUGCCUGGCUCAAUGACCAAGUGGCUACCGCGAGGUGACCUCGACGGUCCCCUUGUGCCAUUCUGCAAUCGACACAUUUACAAGCCCAUCGGUCGUGCUAUUAAGAUGCUCGACGCGAAGAGGCAUGAGCUAUCAGCGCUCCGAGAGUGCCAAAUUCAAAUCGGCACAUUCCCGCACUUCGAUGCCCAAAUCUGCUAUCUCCAUGCAGAGCUCUCCGACCACGAGAGUCUUGAUCAGAACCCCAGAUACAGGCCAGAUCCUCUCGCCUUUCCACAUCUUCUUGGCAGAGUCGAGACACUCUUUCACAAGGUAGAGCACGAGAAAGCAACAAUGAAAUCUUUCUUGGCGGACCUAGUCACAGACUCGGUUCAACAAACUGUUGCGAUCACCCCAAACGCAACUCCAAAGAAGCGGUCUUGUGAGGAUUCUGAAGAGGACGAGCGUCAAGCUUUGGAACACAGCAACAAACACCCGAAACUUUCAGGCGAGAUCAUACAGACCGACCCCAAGAAACGUCCUCGAGAAUCUGACUCGGACGAUGAUACCGCUGGGGAGACUGGACGCAGCAUCAAACGUGCAAAGCAUCACGUGAAUGCAGACCUUGGCAGUAUCGAUGAUACCGCUGAGGAGGCUAGACGCAGCAUCAAAAGCCCAAAGCAGCCCGUACAUACGAACUUUGGCGCUGGCCUCCCAGACCCCGGUUCUUGCAGCCCGCGAACAUCACCCGAACCGGCUGCAACGGAGUUGUCCAAUCAAGAACCGAACACUGGCCAGGCUCAACAGCCAGCAGUACGCACCUUGAAGCUCCUACCGCCAUCUAAACCGGUCGCAACAGAGCCCUCCAACGAGCAGCUGAUUGAAGACGAACGUCCCAAUCUUGACCUCUUCUACGCCACCCUGUCAAGAGGCCUGGGUCUUCACUGGGACAAUUACGAUGUCCAAGAGUUUGAGCGCAUGGUCCUCCGCCUCGAAACACAGUUUGAGCAAGUCUUCGAGGACGAAGAGGAGUCAGAAUGGGGGGAUGAAGCUGAACAAGAAAUCUUAGCAUGGCUGGAACAAGUCACAAACACCUCUGCAAUCGACUCUGACUCUGGAUACGAAUCCUCAGACGACGAAGAAGAGGAUGACGAGGAGGAUGAGGAGGAGGUGCAAGCCCAGGCCCUGCGUGAUGCAUAUGCCGCAACACCAGCUCUUGCCGCCGUCCAUGCCGCCUUCCAAGUCGAACACCACCGCGACUGCGCGCUGUCCAAGCAGAUAGCUGAAGCGGAAGAGGGCCUCCCCUUCUGGAUAAUCCAGCGCGACAGGACAAAGAACAAACUCCUGCGAGGCAGAUCAAUGCAGAAAUUCUACGCUGCUCGACAAUCAGAAGAUGUGGGCUCUGGAUGGCGGAAUCUGCUCGCAGACAUGCGCUUGGCGCUAAGCAGACAAACCCACCGACCCAACUACAAUGGGGAUGAGGGACAGCGCUCCACAUGCCACCUGCUUGUUUGCGAAAGGCAUGAAAGACACCCGAUCUCACGUGUCAUCGAACAUGCUCUGUUCGAAACAUUUUUUUGGAAGGAAAUGGCGCAUGAUGGAAAUGAAGCAUGA